UCUCAUCUGGCGACAGAACUCGACUCGACAAUAGCAGCACGCAGAGCAGGGCAGGGCUGGGAUAGUAGUGUAAAACAACCGUCCCCCAGAUCCAUGGCUCUUUCCCAACCUGCCUCCAUCUCCACAUCUACAUCUACGUCUACACCAGAAUCUCCCUUCCAGAAAUCCACCUCACCACCAACCACAGACGGCCUCUCAAACGCUACAUCUACCCCUACACUACUUGCCGCCGCCCAGGAAGCUACGGUCCGCAUAGUCCCUUCCACUGGGGCCGUUUCUACUUCUACUUUUAAUUCACCGCCCUUGGACCCGUCAACUUCCCCCAACCCACCGGCGAAUACUUUGAGGCACCACCGCCAGUCAACCCAGUCCACCAGUCUUUUGAAACCGAAUCGAGCAGGCAUACUCAACUUUGCGGCCUUGGCUAAGGAAAAGACCACGAGUGCAAUCGCAAGCUUCUCUGAACCAACACCACGGAACCGACCUUCGUCCAAUAGUCUAUACCGCUCCGCGCAGAGCUCUCCAACCUCUCCGCCGCCCGACCUUGUCUCUCUUCCUCGAUCAGGAGAAGUCAGCCCGCAAGAGACCCCCGAAUCAUUUAGUCUCAGCACCAUACCAACAACCCCCCCUUUACAAACGAGAACAGAUACAUCCAGCGCGAGUUCCCGAUUUCGCCAGUCUUUGCUUGAGACGAACCCACCCUCGCAGGCGUAUUCCAAUACUGCUACCAAUACGCCUGCCCCCCAUCUCAACAAGAUGCAUCAAACGUCUUCGCGCUUAUUGCGCAUGACCACGGAUGAGAGACCAUUCACACGGGACUUCAAAGACCUCUUUGCGACAUUAGUCGUCAGCCUUCCACUUGCACCUCAUCGCGUUCGGCUGACCAGAAUUGAGCAUUCCUUUAUAUCAGAAGAAGCUAUCAACAAUCUUGGAUCGUUGAAGUUUUCUCAAUCCAACCGAAUGCCUGAUCCAAAGGACCCUUCUAGGAUUGUUACUACUACGACUACGACUACUUUUUCUAUGGCACGCGAGAUGGCUCGAUCUGUGUGUCAGCGAUUUCUUGACGCAAGAUUUAUCGAAUCUGCUGAUGGCAAGCAAGCGAAGGAGUUUACGAUGAAGGGCUCUAUUUGGCAACUAACACCAAAGGGGAUCCACGUUUUGGAGAGAUUCUGUGGAAAGAAUGGAAUUCAGCAAAAGCAUGUUACAGAACUUGUAAACUCUCCCAGAAACACAAUGCAGCUCGUCAUUCUAGAGAGAGAUUCAGCAACCGAUAAACUUUCGUCUGAUCGAAGUACCGUCGAGGUGAUUUUCCGCCGCUUUGUCGGUCAGAAUGGCCCAAACAUUAAGGCCACCACCAGCUCUGCGGACUCGGAUUCUCUGAGCGAAUACAAAGAUGGACUUGCAGGUGUAAGAAUGGCCAGCGAGCGCAGAAUUGGCACACCAGCAAAGAUUGUUCUCCAGACAUUUACGGGUAAGGCGGCCGUCGAAUGGUUAAUGGACUGCUGUACGACAGUGGAUCGUAGAGAAACGGUAGAGAUUGCAACGUUGUUUCUGGAGCAAGGCUUGAUAUGGUGUGUACAGUCGGAUAGAGCGUACCUCACCCAGAUAGGUGCCGAAAAGGAGAAAGACCCCAGAUUUCAACCAACAAAAUACGCCAUUUAUCAGUUGUCACAAAAGGGGAAGGAUGUUGUCAACAUGACUUCGAAGGAGCGAACAUCGGAGAGUGAAAAUUCGGGUAGUGUGGCUUCAAGAGCAGGCGUUUCCCGCGAUUCAAAUACUCAAAAGUUAGACAAGAUCUUGAAUGAUGCAGCACUUCGAUUGCUCUUCCGAGAAAACUUACGAGAUACGCAUUGCGAGGAGAAUCUAUCGUUCUACCUUGAUGUGGACGAGUUUCUCAAGUCCUGCAAGGUCGCGAUCAAGUCCAAUUCUUCGUCAUCGAGAAAUGCAAAGAACUCUGGACCAAGUCUCGAUGCUAUUAAGGAGACUAUGGCUUCCGCAUAUGGUAUCUACAACGCUUUCCUGGCGCCUGGGUCACCAUGCGAACUCAACAUCGACCACUUGCUUCGAAAUCAGCUUGCAACGCGAAUGACGAAGGCGGUAGGACAAGACAGUGCAAUGAUAGACAGUUUAAGGGAGGUAACCAAGCUGUUUGAAGAAGCCCAAUUAUCGGUGUUCAAACUUAUGGCUAGUGAUUCCGUUCCCAAGUUCAUGAAGAGCUCCAAAUACGAACAAACACUCAAGAACUACGAUUUCGAUGCUCUCCCACAUAGAUUCAAGGAACAGGGCAGUCCGCCUGAGCGUAGCAUUAGCAGAUCGAACCGAAAGUCAUGA